AUGGAGAAAUUCAGUGCCUAUCGAGUAUUUAUAAAACUCAUCUUCUUUCCUCCUCUUGUACUUAUACAAUUCUUUCUAGGACCCAGGGACUGGAAUUCAACCAUUCUUAACCCCCGUCUCCCCGCACUCCCUGUCAAAUGCAUUCCUUCCAGUCCGCGUUAUCAUUGGCAUCCUCAGGCCCCAAUACCUUUACUGUCUAAUGUCAUCGAACACCUCCUCACCUUUGUCAUUGGCCGUACCAUUCUAUGCAUAAUUGGCCUAUUCCGCAUUCCCGUCCUCCCCGCUACAAGAAAACGAACCCGGCUGUCGAAUUCUCCUGAAAAAUGGAACCCUCGCGCUGGAGAUAUCAUCGUCUCCAAUUGGGUUUCUUGGAUAGAACUCGUGUGGCUUGCCGUACGAUUCAAUCCACUCUUCGUCCUUCCCGUCCCAGAGGCAACACCUGCCCCGUCUCUCCCAUCCACGCCCAUCUCCCACUCACCCGGCCGAAGAACAGGCACAGGUUCCGCUAACAUCCAACAGCCCACCAAUACGCCUAGCCUUCGCAUACCCAUUCGCGCUUUCCGAAAAGUGUCAUUGUUACAAAUGAUACGCUUCACAGGUCAUGUACCUUCUCCAGACUCUGAUUCCUCCCGUCUUCAUUCCCUCGAGGACAUCAGAAAGUCCGCCUCGAAACCAAUCGUCGUCUUUCCCGAGUGCACAACCAGCAAUGGCAGGGGCUUGCUGCGUUUUGCGGAUGUAUUCCGACAAAAUGUCCCUGUGAACGCAUUUCGUGUUUUCGUCAUGUGUGUGAGAUACGAUCCACCAACUACCCUUGCCCCGACUCUGGCUCAUUCAAUACCUUCAAACAUCAUGAACCCUCUACCUCAUUUGUUCUCAUUGACUACUUCCCUAUCACCUCUAGCCAUCUCCAUUCGCCUCCUAGCGCCUUCCGAAUCCCCAAGCUCCCCAUUUUUCAUUGCAAGUGAGGUCGUGACAGGUGCCCCUCAGCAAGACCAGCUCACAGAAUGCUGUGCUUCCUUGAUAGCUCAUAUUGGCAAAAUAAAGCAAACUGGGAUGGGUUGGGAGGACAAAGUCAAGUUGCUGCAACUCCAUCGGGCUAAAAUGAGAUCGUAG